CAGGAACUCCAAGUCCCAGUCUACCCAUGUCCUCCUCCUCACCUCUGCAAUGUGGGACUUUGUGGAGGACUGAGAAUGAGAAACAGCAGCAGGAGAUAAGUGUAGAGCUGGAGAUGAGGGAAAGGAUCAGGAGCAGGCCCAGGAACCGCUCCAGUAGCACCGGCAAUGAGACUUGUGGCUCUUCCCUCCAUCCAUUCCUGCAACAGGAUCCAGGAUGCUCUCGAGGGAAACAAGAAACAGAUGCACCGACGGAAGUGCUGUUUACGGAGGUGUUCAGCUGCCAACCCUGUGAGGUGAUUGGUGAGGAUUUUGAACUGCCAGUGCAGAUUACAGCAAGUCCUAUUCAGAUUGUGCCUGGUGCACGCAGCUUGGAGGAAGAACUACAGGAGGCCAUCCAGAAAGCACAGAUGGACCCUCGCCAGUCCAUCGAUGAUAUUCUGGAUGAGCCGAUUGCUUCUGUUGGAUCUGUCAGUAUUUCUGAUCAUAAAUCCACUACCCAAUUAGCGCCUGCCCCUUCCCCUCCUCUUCCGCCUGCUGAAGAAGAUCAGUCUCAAACCUCUAAGCAGCUCACCAAAGAUGACAGCUUCCUGCCUUCGCCUCUUUGCUCCUCUCUUUUGCUUGAGCUCCUCCAUCACCUGCUGUAA